CUCACUGUCACUUCCACUCUUUUAAUUAAUUAACAACACAUUUCUUUGUUGUUUGUGUUGGGAGAGCAGAAUGGCUGGAGUUAAGAUGGUUUCAGCUCUGGUUUUGAUAGUCGUCAUGGCUGUGAGCCUCGGUGGGAAAUGGGCUGCAGCCGAAGUGCACCAUGUGGUUGGUAAUGACCGUGGCUGGGACUUGCCGUCUGACGUGGCUGGUUGGUCCUCCGGCCGAGUCUUCAGAGUCGGAGACAAACUCUGGUUUACCUACUCCGCGGCACAGGAAAGCAUCGCUGAGAUCAAAACCAAAGAGGAAUACGAAUCGUGCGACGUAAGCAAUCCAAUCAAGAUGUUCACGGACGGCUUAGACAGCAUCUUACUUGACGGGGAAGGGAUCCGCUACUUCGUCAGCAGCAAAACUGAAAACUGCAAGAACGGCCUGAAGCUACACGUGGACGUGGUGCCUAAGCACACACCGGAGAAUCCAAAAGUCAGCAAGUCAGAGGGCUCAGCUUUGGCCGUGGCUGCUCCGCCCACAACUCCAACUCCUUCCGGUGCUCCGUCUCGUAUUAGCGCAAGUUUUGCUCUGUUUUUUGUUGGGCUUGGGCUUUGCUUCAUGGGCUUUUAGAGAGGCCCAAGUGUUUUAAUUUGGCUUGUGAUAGUAGUAGUAGUAGUAGUAGUAGUAUCGUAGUAACUCUUUAACUGAAUAAGUUAAAAAGAGUUCAGAAUUAUGUAAUGGUUAAUUUUGAUUGUAAUGAACUUAGUUCCCUUUUCAACAGUCA